UGUGAAUUUUUUUUUUUGGUAACUGAUCUUUUUAGAACAGUUACAAUGUUAGUUAUGAUGCAAUCUUCAGAAUCUUGCAAGUGUUUUGGCGAGGAACCCAGCAUGCAAAUAAUUGGCUUUCUCCGCGGGAACCUUUUACAUAUUCGAAUGUUUAGUCUUUUCACAACUUCUGGAUUUUUUACGAUAAAAUUUGAAGCAUUUUCAAAGCUGCAGCCGGACAGUCCACACCUGUCCGGGCCUGAAACGUUCUCUCCUUCGUGUCAAAUCUUUAAAGUCGCACAUUGUUAACAAGGUAGAAUACUUGUCUAUAUAUUGCUAUAAAUCUUAUUUCAACUAAUCUCCAGUGUUAAUGAGCUUGUCUGUGCGAAAAUCUCUGAAGAGAUGACGUUUAAUGCGUGGUAGAUUGAUCUUACAUAUCGAGAAAGGAAGUACGAGAUACAAGUCAAACUUCGGUCAAAGUGGCAUGGCCUCACGUUUUAGAAAAUGAAAAAUUGUGGUUUAGCGGGCGUUUCCAGCCUUUCUUUGUUACAGUACAACCUAGGGAGAUUUGGUUCUUUUAAAUGUGUUCAAAAAGUUAGAAUCCUGCGGUGAUAAUGAAAGAAAGAUGCGAAAAUUUAGUCACCGUUUUCCACGUCAAGAUAAACAAAUAGAGGCAGCGAAGUGUAAAUCCGUUACCACUUUGGAAUUGUUGCCUCGCGCGAGACGGAAAAUUAAUAACUUAAUUUACGGGAGGGUUUUCCUGUGCUUGACAACAACACAAAGCCAGGGAAAACAAUGGAAAAUAUCAUAUUAUUUUUAUUGUGUUUAUAAGCCGAGCUUAAGCAACUUAUCUGCUUCGUAACUCUUCAAGCGCCUUAGCAGAUGUUUCUAAUUUUUACCAGCAUGUGUUGGCGCCGAAGAAAAAAAUAGAAAUUUCAGGAAUCAGAGGGAUUUGAUCGUCGCCUAAUUGACUGGCUUGUUUGUUGCUAUCACGGCGUGAACACAAUAAGAAAAGAAAAAUCGUUUCUCAAACCCCUUAAUGCUAAUAAGAGCGUGACAGUUAAUUUUGCCAGACAUCAGUUAACCUCGGUUAGAAUCUGAUAUUUCCCGAGAGCAUUUCCGCUCAGUAAGCCGAAUUCAGCUGGUAUAACAGCUCCGCGUGCUGCCUUGAAGCGUAGGUCUACCAAAUUCCCCAACCAGGUGGUCUGAGCAAGUUUGCAUAAUAUUUUCAAAUAUCGUACACAAGGAGUACAGAGCGAAUAGCGGUGUCAAUUUGUGGUCGGCCAGAUAAAGGUGUAAAUUGAAUCUUUUUGAGCGCUGAUGUGCAGAUAUAAUAAACUUUUGUUCGAGUCGGUUUCCGGUAACAUCAUUAACCUCGUGAAGAAAACACUUGGCCAGAGUCGUUGCAAAGCAAAAGAGAAGCAAGCUUUCGCGGGUGCGAAGCGGGUCAUUUGUACCAAGUCUAGUAAAGUCACAGCAUCUCAGAGGAUUUGAAACAAUGCACGGACUAUUAGGCCUGUUGCGUGCCGUCUGCCUCCUCCAGUUUGUAUUUUCUUGCCAUGGAUUUCUCCGAGUGACCAAGUUAUCGCCGAUCGCUGUAGAACUUGGACGGUCUGUGUUCCUGGAUCCGGUGGGUGAUCUUAAAAUCACCUUUCCCGAAGGAGCCGAUUGUAAGGUGUCUGUGUUACGCAAUGAUCCCUUAUCGCAGAGAGUUGGUUUCUUGGUGCCAGACAUAUUCCCGUGUGACUUCUCUCUGGGCGACGUCCAAUACUCACACUUGGGGUCUAUGUUUUUCAUGCAGGACUUCGUUAAGCUUCAAAUCCGCGCGGACACGGACACACAGACUCGUUUAAUUCCACUCAAUCUUCAUGUGACAGUUUCGUUCUCGGACAUGGAAAUCGUCAACAAAAACCUUCCCAUCACCGUAGUUGAACUCGGGGGCAUAUCCACAAGUAUAAACAGCGAUGUACUUGCGUUCAAAGAUGACCCAAACAAAAUAUGCUCCGUGACGAUUCUGAACUUCAACAACGGAAUAAUUCCGCGAUACGGGCAACUUGUAAACGUGACAAAGAAGGAAAGCAACUCGGCACAGUACGAGUGUGGCGAAUUCUUACGCUCCAAUAUUCGCUAUCAACAUAAAAAGCUUUCAUCUUCUAAUCGGGAUUUUAUUCCCUUGGUCGUAGAGCUUAUCGAUCAAAAUACUCAUCGAAUGGAGAGGGAAUACUUUCAAAUAAUCGUGCGUAUUUUGGAGGCUCGAUCGAAUCAACGGCCAGUGGCUUCUUUUCAAGUUUCCAAUACCGUAGAAGUCAAUCAGUACACGUUUGCGCCGAUAACUUCUGAUAUCCUUGCCGCCUCUGACACGGAAACCGAUGCAGGCGAGAUAAUUUUUAAUAUCACUCAAGCGUUGCAGCCCGGAGAAGGUUCCUUGGUCAACACGGAUGACCCUUAUCAACCGCUGACAGCUUUCUAUCAGAGAGAUAUCGAACAGUUUAAAAUCGCCUACAGGCCGCCUGCAAGUCAGCAGAGCGAACUGCGCAUGUUUCAAGUGCUUUUGGAGGCCGUGGACACAGAAGGCGCGAAAUCUGAACAAAUUUCGCUUCUGAUCAUGGUGAAACCGACAAAUAACGAGGCUCCUACGGUGACGAAAAACGCCGGACUCAGCUUGUUUGAAGGUCAAUCACGUGCGAUCACUGAAAAAUCCAAUCUGGCCAUCGCUGAUAAAGAUAACUUCAAUGAUGUGCUGCUUAAAGUGAUUGGCGGUCUGCGGCACGGAGAGCUCAGAAUUAUGGGGCACAAGAUCGAUACUUUCAUGGCUACCGAUCUGGAAAUACCUGUGAUAACUUAUCACCAUGACAACUCAGAUACAUACAGUGAUAACAUCAUAUUCCGCUUGAGCGAUGGCAAACACGAUAUAAAGUUCUUGUUUCCAAUCACCAUAGGUCCUGUGGACGACACAGCUCCGAUGCUGUUGUACAACACUGGCCUGACACUGGACGAGGGGGAUGUUGCCUUGGUCGACCGGUACAUGCUCAGUGCGACAGACAUUGAUUCCGAGGACAGUCAAAUUCAAUUUAAGGUCAUCAGCUUUCCAAACUUCGAAGAGAAUUCAGGUUCUUCACUGUUUCAAGAAAACAAUGUCGGUGUUUUGUCCCUGCGAAUGAGAAGUCCCCCCAGACGUGGCGAAAAUUGGGUUUUACAAGACGACGGUCUCUAUGAACAGAAUGUCACUCAGUUCUCUCAGUCUGAUAUUAUUAACAGAAGGCUCUACUAUCGACAUCUCGGCAGAGAGCUUUUCAGCGACGAAAUAGCUUUUGUUAUGUUUGACCAAGCUGACAACCCUAACGUAUCGCCGAUAAAAACUUUCCAGGUUACCAUCCGAAGAGUCGACGACUUACCACCAUCUCUGUUUCCUGGAUGUCCUCUGGAAAUAACCGCUGACGAGUAUGGAGUUGUGGAGCUCAGCGAGGCUGUACUUCACUACACGGAUAAAGAUUCUCCGGACGAGGAACUUACGUAUUUUAUUACAAAAGAACCACACUUCAAAGACGAGAAUCCGAACAUCACUGAGCUAGCGGGCGAAAUCCUCCUUUCAGAUAUGAAAAUGAAAGUGUCACGUUUCACUCAGCUUCAGGUGCGACACAAAAAAAUAAGUUUCAAGUCUCCUGAAUUAGAACUUGGCACCAGAACUAGAUACGCCCAGUUCGAGUUUUCCGUAUCUGACCUAGCAGGCAAUACGAUUAAAAAUCAGGUGUUCCGUGUUGUUCUGAAGCCAGUCAACAACCAGGCUCCUCGUGCGAUAGUUCAACCUUUAGAAGUUACAGAGCUAAGCCAAGCGACUCUUGGAAAUGAACGAUUGAAAGUAUUCGAUGAAGACACACAGGACGAGGAAGUAACUUUCACUGUGACCGCUGUACCGCGUUAUGGCGUUCUCCUCAAGGACGAACUGGAAAUGCAGUAUCUUGAUACCUUCAAUGUCCCGGAUAUUACGAAUUCCCGGAUGCGGUAUCAGCACGUGACCAAGGGCGAGGCCAGUGAUGAGUUAGGGUUGACAGUUGAUGAUGGAGUCCACAAGACCAACUUCCUCUUGGAAAUAGCAAUUAUUCCAGAGCAUAAAAACGUGACUUGUCAUGUGUACAACAUGACAGUGACAGUGAAAGAACACUCACGAAAAGCCAUUAAAAUCCACACGACUUCUCAGACUCCACGUGACACAGAGAUCAUACUGCGUAUCGCUAGCCCACCCCGGGUGGGGAGAAUAUUACGUGAUGGCAAGAUGAGCUAUGAGUUUAGUGUCCAGGACUUGGAAGCAGGGUUGAUCGUUUACGAGCACAUCGGUAGGGAGACUGGACUCCAUGGAGACAUGGAUCGUUUUAAUAUGACGCUUUUAAAUGACACGGAGACCUGGAUUCGAGAAGGCAGGAGAUAUGAAGCUGUUGAUGUGGUUACAAUGAUCCUACCGGUGGACAGCCAGCCACCCAUGGUGAGCAGAAUCAAACAGCUUGUGGUACUGGAGGGCGGCAAGACUAAGCUCACGUCACGCCAGUUAACAAUCACUGAUCCCGACACGCGUGACAGUGACGUAACAUGCAGCGUCGACGUCCAACCAACAGUGGGGUUCCUGGAAAAUGUCACGCCAUCUUCAGGAUCAGAGAUAAGUAACGCUGGAAAACGCGUUACUUCUUUCACUAUUGACGAUAUCCGAGCUGGAAGGAUUAGCUAUGUGCAGGACGUGUAUGAGGGAAGCGAGCCGACCAUGGACUGGGUGGCUUUUUCUUGUUCAGAUGGCAAUAACACUUCACCGAGAUACUUGCUCAAUAUUGAUAUUAUCCCGCAAAAUGACGAGAAGCCUCAGAUUUUUACGCGCGAUUUCUAUGUGGACGAGGGAGAUGAGAAGUUUAUAGACGUGACUGUUCUGAACGCAGUCGACAAUGACGAGCCUCUUGACGAGUUAAUGUUCUUCGUCGUCACGCCACCUCGUCACGGAAUGAUUACAGACAGGCGGAAGGGUGCCACGAAACCAGUACCCAGGUUCUCUCUGACGCAAAUCAAGAAGUCGACCUCAAUCGUGUAUGAGCAUGACGGAAGUGAAAGUACAAGUGACUCUUUCACCCUGAGCGUGUCAGAUGGUAAAUUUAACACAACUCGUUCAAUCCCCGUAAUUAUAACUCCUGUCGAUGACGAAGAACCUACGUUGUAUGUGAAUACAGGCUUGCGCAUCGCGUCUAUUGGCGAAAGCAAGACUAUCACGCCGAACAAUCUCAAAGCCCAGGAUGUGGAUUCCCCGGAUGAGGACAUUAUGUUUGUAGUGCGCAGUCCUCCACGGGCAGGGUUUCUCAGGCGGAUAAAUGUUAAUGGCUCCGUUCAAAUCUUGGCACAAUGGCAAAGAUUUACUCAAAGGGACAUUGAUGAAAGACGCAUAGUUUACUCACAAGAUGCCAACAUCCCCAGCGAGAGAGAUAUGAUCAAAUUCGACUUGUCUGAUGGGAAAAACACACGAUUAAAUCAAGACUUUUUUGUGGAAGUUAGCGCCGGGGACAGGAUUCAUCCUACAGUAAUAAACAAGGGUGUGCGAUUAGCCCAGGACUCCCGUAUCAUUAUCUCAACAAAUUUCUUGAGCGCCAGCGAUGCUGGAAGUGCCAAUGAGAAGCUGCGGUAUUUCUUAGUUAAGCAGCCGCAAAAGGGACGUCUGGAGCACUUGGAUUUUCCGGGAGUGCGGCUUGAUUCAUUCACUCAACUUGAUUUGGCGGGAAACAAAAUUGUCUAUAUUCACACGAGCAGGGACGAAGCUACAGCGGACAGUUUUGACUUUGAGGUCUCAGAUGGAACGAAUGGUGUGGUCAGGACAUUUUUGGUGACACUCAUUAACAUAGAUAACAAAAAACCUGUGUUAAUUUACAAGAAACUCGUGGUAAAUGAAGGCGAGAACGUGUUAAUUACACCUUUUGAGCUUCGCGCGGAAGAUCAGGACACCCAACCUGGGAAUCUUGUGUACACAGUCACGCGUGUUCCUCUGCAUGGUUGGUUACUAAACAGCGGGACGCCCUCGCGUGUGUUCACGCAAGAGGACAUAAACCUCAAUCGUAUCUCUUACGCUCACGAUGGCACGGACGUGGACAAGGACAGUUUCCAGGUCAAAGUCAGCGAUGGAAUGGAUAACGAAUUUUACGUGUUUCCGGAUACUGAGAGCCUCGUUCGCGAGCCACGUGAGAUCCACGUGGUUGUUGUACCCGUGGACAACAGAAUUCCACAGUUGGUUCUUAACCAAGGAGCCACUAAUCUUGAAACUUUACCCUGCAAUAGAAUUGGGCUUGUAAUAAGAAGCUCUGCGUUAAGAGUGGAAGACCUGGAUAGCAAUAAUUCUGAGUUACUUUAUACUGUCACUUAUCCACCUGUCAACGGAAUGCUUGUAAUACAAGGGAGAUAUAGCAGUAACAAAAGCGUGUCGAACUUUACUCAAUCUGACAUUGACGCAGGGAAUAUCUCGUAUGUCCUUCACAACGGACACAAUGCCACAAAUGACGCUUUUGAUUUUGAUGUUUCCGACCCUGCUGGAAACACGCUCCGCUUUCAACGGUUCUCUUUAACUUGGGCCUGGGUUUCGUUUGAGCGUCAAGACUACCAUCUGAGCGAAACAGACGGCGUCGCGCGUUUUGUUAUUGUUAGGAGAGGCUUCCUGGGAGACCCUUCUUCCGUGCGCAUGAACGUUGAGGGUCUUACCGCUACCCAAGGCCAGGAUUUCUUGCUGGCGGGCCCUGCGCAUGUGCAGUUUAGUCCCGGACAGAGUAGGGCAGAGUGGAAGUUACACGUGCAAGAUGACGGCAAUUACGAAGGCAAUGAAACUUUACAGGUGGAAUUAACAAGUCCUCAGAUGUGUGUCAUCAGGCCGCCUAGGAAAGCUCACGUGACCAUAUCAGAUCCAGAAGAUGUUCCAACAGUGGAAAUUGUGCGCAGUCACCUUGUUGUAGAGGAAGACAUUGGAGCAAUAAAAAUUCCUUUGAGACGAACUGGAGAUAGCAGCCAGCGAUUGUAUGUCAGUUGCGUGACCACCUCUCAUGCCGAGGAGGAAGGUUGGGCCACAGGUACCCUUCCCACUUCAAUAUUGUCAUAUUCAGACUUCAUCUUAAGGCCUGCUAACAAAGACAGCAUGAUCACAUUUGAAAAGGAAGAGACAACCAAAGAAUGCCCAGUUAUCAUUAUUGAUGACUCUCUCUACGAGAACGAAGAGAAGUUUUAUGUAACACUGAUUUCGCAUCUUGGCAGCAGAAUAAACAGUGAAAGAAACUCCAGUGUUGUUGUCAUAGCACCGGAUGCAAAGGAUGAGCCAAAGAUAUUCUUCAAUAGCCCAUAUUACUCUGUGGAUGAGAGUAUCGGUAAGCUUGGUGUCACUCUGAAGAGGACCGGAACCGAUCUUUCCAAACCGUCGUCUGUGUUCGUGAGAUCGAGGCAGACUGAUCCGAUAUCCGCACGAGCCAGUGAAGACUAUAUCCCCCUCAUUCAAAUGGUUUACUUUCCACCUUUCUCCGAGCAUCAGACAAUGCAAGUAACCAUCCGUGACGACCAAGGUCUCCCCAGGGUAGAGGGGACGGAGAAAUUUGAACUCGUACUUAGGACUCCCAUCAACACGGGGAUUGGAGAGACAAGCAAAGCUGUCAUUGCUAUCGGCGACUUAGUGUCUGAUUCGCCCAUGAUACAAUUCGACAAGAUAUCUUAUUCCACCAAUGAGGAAACCGGUACCCUUAAUGUUGUACUCAUGCGCACUGGGGACUUGAGAUCUACGUCAUCAGUUCGUUGCUACACGCGCUACAUGACAGCGGAGGUGGAGCGAGACUUCAAAGAGCGUGCCGACACAGACGGCUCGCUGAUUGUGUUUAACUCCGGAGAGAACCGGAAGUUCUGUCCUGUGGCAAUCAUCGACGAUGUCGUGUUCGAGGGCAGAGAGAAGUUCCGGUUAAAAUUGGGAAGCGUGGACAAGGAUAGUCGGAUAGGGGAGAGGAACGCUACAGUGAUAACCAUCGUGGAUUUGGAAGAUCAACCUAUUAUUGAGUUUACGAAGGAGCGAAUAUUUGUAGUGGGCCCGGCUGUGGCAGGUGCCAGUAGAGAGGCACUCAUUACAGUGAAGAAGACCGGAGACCCUACCACGAGAUCAAAAGUCAGGGUGUACACGCUGGACGGAUCAGCAAAGGCUGGCAAAGGUUAUCAGCCUGUUACUGAGAUUUUAGAUUUUUCGGGAAACAAAUCAAGUCACGUGGUACCAAUCAAAAUACUGUUUGAUGCACACCGGAAGAUUCGACGUGCGUUCACAGUCCACUUGAGCUCGGACAUAACUGGCGAGAGCGGCCUAGGACUUAGGAAAGUAAUCGUCUACAUCGAGCAACCGUCUACGAAUCCUGCAGUAACGUUUCCGCUGUCACCAAAAGUUGUCUCACUGCGCGACUAUGAUGACGUCAGUGGGGCGGGAUCAGAAAUUAUUAUGGGUUAUCCGCUCAUAUGUGUUACGGCUUGCGAUCCAAAGUAUCCUCGCUAUGCGGAAACUGGUUCUAUCUGCUCCUCUCAACGAAUCGACAAUAGUUUGACGCAGUAUCGCUGGCAAGUUGGAGACGAGCUCAGAGACCUGACUAGUGACACGUUUUUCACUAGAGCUGACCGAGUAACUCUGGAUAGUGUGUACCUAGUGCCAGGCUCUAGAGUGCGAUGUGUCGCGCGUGCGGUUAGUGACCGCGGUGAGCUGGGCCUUGAAUCGACCAGCGCUCAAGUCAACGUGAGCUCUAAGGAGGGGCUUUGUGUGUCACGUGAUCCUCAUCGUGUUGGUUCCCAACAGAUCGUGGCGAGUAUUUCAUUUACAGGAGCAACGGGUGAUAAAUAUUCCAACAAAGUUCAUAUUAAAUUAGUCCUUCCUCAUACAGACGGACUUCUACCGCUCAUAUCGACCAAGAGGUUGACAAACUUCAAGCGAAUUCUUCGUCCAGGCGUGCUAAGAGUAGCACAACACAAGUGCUCCAACCUCUUGAACUCGAAUGAACUAAUCACGAACUUCGGUUUUGUUACAAAUUCAGUCAAAGACCGUAAAAGCAUGAAUGAAGGUGAGCCGUAUCAGUUCAGCGCCGGGCUGAGGAGUAACAGUACAUUGCGCUUCUAUAGAAAUCUCGACCUUGAGUCGUGCGUAUGGACUUUCAACAGCUACUACGACUUAUCAGAACUUACUCAACAUUGCGGCGCUUCAGUGACGUCAAAUGAACAAUCACGUAAUAUCGCUCAAUCCCAGCUUACUGUACGAGUACCUCUGUAUGUGUCUUACGUGUAUCGUGUACCGAAGAACAGAGGAGACUGGAUCCACUAUGACCACGCCAUGUUUCUGCGCCUGCAUCUUACCUAUGACACCGCAGUUCUGUUAAAUAAUGGCGUGCAAACUCCCGAAGGAGGUUUGUUCAACGGAGAUCUUUGGCCAACAGCUAUCUCCGUACGCGAGCAAGACAAAAGACUCGUGGUGACAUUUAAGACUAAAACAAAGUUUCGAGGAACGUAUUUGAUCAAAAACCCAAACACCCAAGCAAUGGCAGUGGUGAUGUCACGUGACCGUCCACACCUGAGUUUCGCUUUGAGCCUGGUAUCUAGUGAACAAACGUUUGACUACCCCCAGCAGACUUGGCGAUUUCAAUCCCAGUAUGCAUUGCGAGAUUAUACGGGUGUUUAUUUUAUCAAGCUGAUACCUUGUUCAACGGAUUCAGGGGUGAGGUAUUCAGAACCACCCACGUGCCACCCACGUGAUCCAGUGACUUUCACUCUGCCAAUCAGGUUCCAGCAGGUUCCUGACCCAGUGCCCGCGCAAUUUACUCUUUCUGCUAAGUUUUUACUGUUGGCUGAGCGGGAUCUGUGGUUGAAUAAAGACACUGAUAAAAUGGGAGAUUUAAAUGUGGAUGCAGCAUUCUCCAGAGAUUCCAAGAUCUAUGGUCGUAUCACUCUACUGGAGGGCAGCGGUCUCGGCAGGGGUAGUAUGGGGUAUGCUUUGGCCGCCGAGAAGGUCUACUUGUGUACUGGGGUCGGAGAGUUUGUUCCUACGUACGAUCCACUGAAGAACAAGUUUGGAUGUAUGGCGCGUUCAUUGUACUUGGAGCAUCGGCUGAAAGUUCUGGACAGGGAAGAGCCUGAGACAACAGACAAACAUCUUGGCAAUGUAGCUUUUGAGGCAAAGUUUGCUCAAGAGGAAAUCGUAGCAAGUAACUUCUCCGAGGAUCCUGGAUGUGAUGGAUUUGUGAUGAACAGUGCACCUCUGUUUGAGGUUCCCAGGAACCGGAAGUGGUUUAUGCACGCUAUUUACUCCGUCACUUCCGAUAAUCGCCCAAGGCCCGCUCGCUCAGUUGGAGGUUCCACCACUGAUGAAAACCACGUGACCUCUCACAUCUUAUCUGAAGUAGAUAGCCGCUUAUUCAAGCUUUCCCACAGGUUAUACCGCCGCGAUAUUGGAGACACACAUGAAAUAGGAUUGCAUGGCCAAGGAACAAACAUCAAGAUGAUACGCCUGUUAUCCGAGCCAGCGGAAACACGACACAAUACGACAUCUGAAGAGAUCAAGCAGAUGACGUCAGACACACCCCGCGAUACAAGCUUAGUAAAUCCGCUGGUUAUCGGUAUUGCGGGAGUUUGUUUGCUACUUUUGAUUGCAUUGGUGGUCGUGGCUGUCAUGUUUAGAAGAAGACUGCUGACACAGCAAACCCAAAACUCUCCAGCCGUGGAGACCAGUUCCACAGAAGUUACCGUGACACAAGCUGGAGGGGUCUCAGUGUAACGGAGCAUAUAACAUAUACAGCAGAUCAUGUGUAAUAUAUUCAGUCUAUGAUCAGUAUUAAACAGCUCGUAACACGCUUCUAAAGCUAGCCAUUGACGUAACGUUAACGCACCAUCGUUUUUGACUGUUAUCAUGUCACGUAUUCUUGUGUGAUCGUAAUUACUUUGUUCCGAAUGAGGUCACAGGGAACAAUUUGAUUUGUCACGCAGCGAAGUCAAGGGUCACGCGACGAGUAAGAUAACAGCAUCACUUCUGAUUCAAGCAGUCUCGCACGAAUCUGAGCUGGUUAUAGUUUAUAUCAGGAAGAAAUGAGCAGUAAGCUCACUUCAGUCAAUCCAAGAGAGAGUUGUUGUUGUUGCAAAGCUUAAACUUCAGAAUGCUUUCGUAAACAACCGUAAGCAGUCUAUAGCAUAUACUAGCAGAAUAAAGCUAGCUAAGAUGAGAGAUCAUGGUCAAACGUUAUCAAAAACCGAAAAUUUUACAAAAAUAUUUAUUCCUUUCGAGAUGAUACCAUGGUUAUGAUAGCAUCCAAAACCAACUGAACAAGCUACCUUUUUGAAGCGUGCGUGCUUUAAUAUAUAAAGAGGUUCCAAUCUUUUUAACAAACAAAUUGCUCAGCUCUUAAGAAGACUUUUUACAAAAUAACCGUUAUUACAAACCCGUUAACAAAAACAGUUACAUACAGCAGUAACAAACAAUGCACCCUAAUAACAAGAAAUAUGGAACCUAUAAAAACAGGUUAUUAAUCUAUACUAUAAAUUUCAAUAUGGAUGUAUAAAGAGAAGCUUAAGUGACAUCAACGAAGACAUGGGGGAAAAGAGACCUUUUUACCUAUUACAUAAAGCGCUAAAUGAUACAAUUCUACAGGAACACAACUUGAUAAUUACAUGCUAUGACUAACCAAUAAUAUUUGUAUAAUAUUUAUGCUAGGAAACCAGCUGACCACAUAUCAGCUCAUCAUUUAUCUGAGAAAGAUUAAACAUGUUAUUUUAAUUACAACUGUAAUGAUUUAUUUGUGAGAAUUGCCAUGGAAACUUGUCAGUAAUAAGUCUUGUUUACACUAGAGUAUAAGCAUAAGAAUAAUAAACAUAUACAGACGCGGUAAGA